GAGCGAUGACCAAACUGGUCAUGCAACAUGCAUGUGCUACUACGUAGGUACAUACGCAAGGUGAGGUGUGUCGGGCUGAGUCAUGUCAAUCAACGUCUUUACCGAAAGCGGUGGCUAUUGCACGCGCCCUAGUUUCCUUAUAUGGUAGGUAUUUUAAAACCAUUCUGGUCGGGACGGCGGCCGUCGUCCUCGGCUUGCCGCAGUGCGCUGGAACUCUCUGUGAUCGCAACAUGUUCGUCUAUGAUCCCCCAACUAAGCUCAGACUCACUUCUGUUGAAGAGUUUCAGGAGGCAUUCCAACUAUUCGACUCUCGCGGCGACGGCAAGAUUCAUGUGGCACAAAUUGGAGAUGCUCUUAGGGCCUUGGGCCAAAACCCUACUGAAUCUGAUGUCAAGAAGUGUACACUGCAUUUGAAGCCUGAUGAAAGGAUAUCAUUUGAAGUCUUUUUGCCGAUAUAUCAAGCAAUAUCAAAGGCUCGUAGUGGAGACACAGCCAAUGACUUCAUUGAAGGACUGCGCCAUUUUGAUAAAGAUGGGAAUGGGUUCAUUUCUUCUGCUGAGCUUCGCCACCUUCUGUCAACUCUUGGAGAAAAGCUGAGUGACGAUGAGGUGGAGCAGCUGCUGCAGGGCCAGGAGGACUCGCAGGGCAACAUCAACUACGAGAACUUCGUGCACCUCAUCAUGCAGGGCUGACUUCGCACGCAUUUAAUUCACUUCCGUAUUGUGUAUUUUGAUUUAAUUAUUUAUGCCAACUUUAUAAUUCCCUAUUAUUUCCAUUUAAAAACAUAUUAUUCCAAAAUCUAUUAGCAUUAAGAAGUUUUAUAUUAUGUAUAGUAAGAUAAUGUACAGGAGAGUACGUGUUAUGAUUAUGGAUAAG